ACUUGGAGGAAGCGGCAGCAGGAGCGAGACCAGCGUUUCGCAGCCUUCGUCCAGUUUCUGUUGCAGAGCCCGGGAGGUGGGUGGCAGAAGACGCGAAUUCGCUUGUUUUAAUCUGCGUGAAAGGGGAGGUCUCAAAUGGCAAAACAGACCCUCCGUUCCCCAUUCAGAAGAGUUUAGCGGGAGCGAGCGAGGUUUCCCCCCUCUUUAAUAACGGGGUCAUUUCUUUCGUCCUCAUACAAGGAAGCGGGGUGGGUGGAGAGAACCCCAAAUAAUUCUAACCGGGGUUAAAAAAAAAUUAAUUCAGAGAACCAAGAAGAAUUAAGACUUCUCAGCCAGGCACAAGAAAGAAAAAGGUCUCUUCGUGGAGAGCAGGAGGAGACACCCCGAAGUUGCAUCUGCUCCUCGUUCAUUCCUCCUCCUCCGGACCGCGGACCCAGGUCCGGUCGCCCAACGGCCGGAGCAGCCGCCUCUGUACCAUGACCGAGAUCACGGAGAAGGAAAAUGACCCGCAGCAGCACAACAGCGAUCCGCAGCAGACUCCGGGCACCGUUCCCAGCCUCCACGAGACGAAGCUGCAGCGUUUCAAGCGCUCCCUCUCUCUCAAAACCAUCCUGCGGAGCAAGAGCGUCGAGAACUUCUUCCUGCGCUCCAACAGCGAGUUCAAGCUCCCCUCCGACGUGCUCCUCAGCCCCCCAGAUUCUCUGCCGCCCCCGUCUCCACCGCCGGCCCUCACGGAGGCAGAGCACUCUCCCAGAGCGACCCCCAGGGCUCUGGCCCCCCUCAAGCCCAUUAAGACACACAGCUUCCAAGAACACAUCUUCAAGAAGCACAGCCCUUGCGAAAUCUGCCACCAGCUUAUCGUAGGGAACUCCAAGCAAGGCCUCCGAUGCAAGACAUGCAAAGCUAGCGUUCAUUUGUGGUGUUCAGAAGAGGUUUCCCACCAGCAGUGUCCCGGCAAGACGCAGGCAACCUCUUUCCGACGCAAUCUCAGCUCCCCGAUGCUGGUGCACGAGCCGCAGCCCCCGCCAGCAGCCCCCAAGGAGUCUCCCCCUACAGCAGGCCCCAGUGGAAAGGUGGACCCCAUUUACGAGACCCUGCGCUAUGGCACUUCACUGGCCUACAUGAAUCGCUCCAGCUUCAGCAGCACCUCAGAGUCCCCCACCAGGAGCCUGAAUGAGAAGGAAGAAGUGGCUGAGGACCCAGAAGGUGCUGGGAAGGCAACAGAGGAAAGUCAACCUGAUGACGUUUUCUCAGCACCAGCAGAGAGUGAGGGCACUACGCCGGAAGAAAAGAGCCCAGGGCAACAGUCAACUCAAGGCUGUGCGCGAAAGGAGGUCUCGCCCAUGUACUCGUAUGUCGCUCUCUACAAAUUUUUGCCUCAGGAGAUCAACGAUUUACCCCUGAAGCCUGGAGAUCGAAUUAUGUUGAUGGAUGAUUCCAAUGAGGACUGGUGGAAGGGGAAGAUGGGCGACCGCGUGGGUUUCUUUCCAGCCAAUUUUGUGCAGCGGGUCCGCCCAGGUGAAACAGUCUGGAGAUGCUGCAAGACUUUCUAUGGAAGUAAGGAACAGGGGCAGCUCAGCGUUAAGGAAAAUCAGAUCUGUGUUGGUGUGGGGAAGUCCAAGGAGAAUGAGGGCUUCAUCAAGGUGACGAGUGGCAAAAAGCGAGGGCUGGUGCCUGCUGACGCACUCACAGAAAUUUGAAGGCAGGAUGAGCACGCAAAGCAAGGCAGAAGAGUAAAAAAAAGAGAUGACGGCAGCAGCAGCAGCAAGGCGGGGGCAGCCCUGCCUUGCUCUCCAGCCCAUCCCAACCCUGAGCACCUGGCUAAUCACUAUUUCAUGGAAUCUUCUAGAUGGACUGAGGAUAUGGCUUUGGUUUGGACAAGGGAAGAGGACUGGGGGAGGGACUGGCUUGAGCGCCAGGACCUGCGUGAUCUCUCGCUUGCCCCCAGCUGGGCUUGGACAUGUGUGCUCAAGCCCGCUUUUGCUUUCCACCACCCCUUUCGAAGGUCGUUUCAGGCAGCUCUUAUGGGUGCUGAGUGUGAGGGAGAUUUCCACCGCUGUAAUUCACGCCCGUUUCCCCGCCCCCCACUUUGCCUCCGGGUCACACUUCCACGGCAACAGAUGCUGGUUGACAUCAGCUCGCCUGACCCGAGGGGGACUCUUUAUAUCUUGGCAUACCACUCCCUCCCGCUGCCCAAACCACUCCCUCAUUCAGACACGCUCCCUGAUAAUUCUAUGUCGCAUGUGAAAAGGCCGCCUUUGGGCAGGGAGAGGCCGCCUGAGUGUGUUGUCGUCUGUCUGUCCCUGUAUCAGUUCUAAAACCUUCAGGGCUGUCUGUAUAUUUGUGUGUGUGUGAGUAUAUAUAUGUGUUGGGAGGUGGCUGUCGCUCAGGAUUGGGGCAGCCCCCUGCCAAAAAAGAAAAAAAGAGGCGGAGCAAUUCCACGCAGCCUCUCGUUUGUCAUGUACUCAAAGUCUUCCCCGCAGAGCCUGAGCCACAGUGAGCUCCUGGGAACCGAUAGUUACGUGCGGAGUGGGUGGGUGUGUUCCUUGAUGUGAGGUGCUGCCUUCGCUCCUGGCUCCCCGGCUAUUCCUUGACCUCCGUUUGCGCCCCACCCACCCCCAGCAUGUGGUGGCCUACCCCCACUGCAUGACUGACAGCCGUGUGGACCAUUUUCUCAGGGAACUUCCUCAGCUGGAUGCAUUUCUGACCUACACCGAGAAUGUCGCGGCAUUGCUCAUGUGAGGAGUUCAGAGACCCUGACCAUCCCAUCUUCCCUCACUUUUCCAGCAUGCUUCCGGCUAUUUGUCCUUUGUAAAUGUACUUUUGUAUAUAUAUAUAUAUAUAUAAAGAACAACGGAAGGAAGGAAGAUAAGAUGACUUCAGUCCCAGCCAUUGGAGAGAGUUAAUCAGUACAGCCUCGUUGUCCAGCAUCUGCAGUUUGACUCAGCUGGUAUUUUUCAUCACUGGAUGAAAUGGUUGAGAAGGAGGCACGCCUGCCAAAUCCCAUGUUUCUGAGGCACAGCAUUUGCCUGUGUCAACAUGCCACAUGCGCCCUGCCCCGUUAAGAUGCAUUGUGUGCUACUGAACCAUUCACGCUCAGCACACUAUAGGCAUAGAAGUCAGGGGUCCCUGAUCUGCUAACUGCAUGCAAAUAACCCAGUGCUCGUGGUAAGUGCAUGAUGGGCAUUGCAUUUACAAAGAACAUGGACAGAGGGAAGCACUUUCGUCUGUGGCCCACACCAUGUAUGAAUCAGGCCUGUCUGAGAGUUUCCCCUCUCUACCUUUUUUUAAAUGGCCUGAGCCUGACGGGAGAUAGGUAUUUCUUUGCUUCCAGGAAACCGAAAUGCCGAUCCUCAUUGUGUUUGAUCUAAUCCAUUAGCCUGGUCUAUUGCAUCCUCAGUCUUCCCCAUUUCAAAACUCAUUCCAAUCUGCAAAGUGGGAAAUCAGGAACUAACUGUGGUUGUAAUCAGAAUGCCGUUCUUAGUAUUUCUGUAGCACUUUCAGAAUGCAAAAUGCUUUGAAAUGGUCAUACCUUGAUUUGCCAAAAAGGAACCAGCAUUGCAACCCAUGGCAAAAGUGGUAGAUGAGCCUGAAUCUCCCAUACUUAGGUCCAAUACUCUAGCCCAGGCAUCCCCAAACUUCGGCCCUCCAGAUGUUUUGGACUACAAUUCCCAUCAUCCCUGACCACUGGUCCUGUUAGUUAGGGAUCAUGGGAGUUGUAGGCCAAAACAUCUGGGGGCCCGCAGUUUGGGGAUGCCUGCUGUAGCCAGUAGGAUGGCACUGGCACCAUUAAAAAGAGAUUGAGAUUGAGAUCUGGGUCUUUCUGCUGGUGCAAGUUCAUCAUUUCCUCCCCUUGUCAUACAUUCCCUGCCACAUACGCAGGUGGCGCUGUGGUCUAAACCACUGAGCCUCUUGGUCUUGCCAAUCGGAAGGUAGGCAGUUCGAAUCCACAUGAGGGAGGGAGCUCCUGUUGCUCUGUCCCAGCUGCUGCCAACCUAGCAGUUUGAAAGCACAACAGUACAAGUAGAUAAAUAGGUACCGCUGCGGUGGGAAGGCAAACAGUGUUUCCGUGCACUCUGGUUUCCUUCACGGUGUUCCGCUGCGCCAGAAGCAGUUUAGUCAUGCGGGCCAGAUGACCCUGAAAGCUGUCUGUGGACAAACGCUGCCUCCCUCAGCCUGAAAGCGAGAUGAGCGCCACACCCCAUAGUUGCCUUUGAUUGGACUUCACCAUCCAUGGGUCCUUUACCAUUUUACUUUACAUACACCAAAGCAUUGCCCUUUCAGAAGUUCAAGAAGACUUUCAGACAUGUGUUUGAAGCCAGGGCACUCUGUGUGAUGGGAUUUCCCACUGUUCCUUUCAGGUAUAUGUAAAAUGGUUUUUUAAUGGUAGUGGGUGUGCGCAGAGAACCUUUCCCCCCCCCAUUCGAAUUUCUGCCCCAUAUUCUCUUGAAAGAGCGGCUGAGGAAAGAAGCCACUAUUUUGGCUUUGAUCC